UUGCAUCGAGCUCAACGGCAUCACUUCUGAGUCUGACCACCGUUCAGCACUCAUCUUCGGGUAUUCCCCCUUUUGCUUUGCAGUUACAUCGGGUGAAAGGAAAGAGACCGAAGAGAACGAGAGAAGGAUUGUGAAAUGGGAGCUACGGCAUCCUCCGCGCAACGGGACAGCAGAUGUGAGGAGGACGCAGCGGCGGAGGAGCUCCCUGCAGCGGCGAGCGAUGCUCGGGAUGAAGGCGGUGCUGAUAACAAGUUAUUACAGAAAAACGGCCGGAUCUCCAGUUUGAAUGUAAAGACAAGGAACCAUGCAGAUGAAUUAAAUGGCAACUUUGAGGAGAGAGUACUUGCAGAUGUUGGCUCAGGGUUUGUUACUCUGAAAGAAGAUGGCACAGAGACAAUUGAAGACAUCCAGGAAAUGGAAGCUCUUCAACCAGUAAUAAAGAAUGAGAGCACAGAGAUGGUGGAUGCAGAUAGUGUGACUGUGAAGGAGGAAGCUGAGGAGGAUGAUAUUAGUGAAGUUGGGUUCAAAAAAAUCUUCAGAUUUGUUGGAUUUAAGUUUACCCUAAAAAAAGACACAUGUGAAAACACUGAAUCAGAUGGACAAGUAGAAAAAGUCACAAGUCCCUCAGAGGACUCCAGUGACACCCAGGAAAACAGUACAGUGGCAGAAAAUGAAAACACACCUGAUGAGACACGAAAAAGUGAGGUGUCUUCCCAGCCUGAUGCAGCUGAACCCUCUCAACAAACAGACAACGAAAAAGAGCUGGAUCAAGACAUAAAGAUAGUGGAACAUCAUGUGGAGGACACACCUGAGAAAGAACUGGAAAAAGAAGGAAGUCCUGAGCUGGAGGAACCAAUGUCACCAAUCAAGCAAUUCUUUACACAAGGAAUUUUUGCCAGUUUAAGAAAGAAAAAGAAAGAAGAGGAAAUGCUAAAAGAGAGUAAGGAUGACGAAAUCAAGAGAAUUGAGAGAAUGGGUUUAGAAAAGGCCAAAAAAGAAAACAGUAAAUGUAUAUGCCUUGAUAUCCCUUAUAUUACAUCAGAGGAAGAAAAAGAUACACAGGAGAAAGACAAUGACACAUUGUUACCUGAAGGAGAGCUUCAGAAUUCUCUAGAGAAAGAUAAGGUACAAGGAAGUCCACUUAAAAGACUUUUCAGGAAAUUUUCCACAAAAAGGCAGCGAGAAAGUAAAUCUGCAGAAAAGGUGAUUGAGGCAGAAGAACAAGUCUCUGAACAUCCAAAACCAUCAUUGGAAUUGACAGAGCUCGCAAAAGUGGAGGAACCAGUGGUUGGGGAACCAAAACCUGCUGAAGAGGAGCUGGUGGCUGAUGUAAGCCCUCAAGAGUCCAAAAAGAAAUCUGACACCACCGCUUCCUGGGAGGCACUGAUUUGUGGUGGCUCUGCUAAAAAAAGAGCUAGAAAAACAAAUGAGGAUGAAACACCAGAGAAAAGAGAAGUAUAUGAGAAAACAACUGACUCUCCAUUUGGAAGUUCAACUGAGGGUGAUUAUGAUCAUCUCACAUCAUCUAAUGAACAAAGUGGAAGUCCUGCUGAGGAAGAGAUGGGAUCCACAUGGAAGACGUUAAAAAAAAUUGUCACCCAGAAGAGAAAGGUCAGAACUGGAGAAAAUAGUACCCCUGAGCAAAUACCUUCAGACAGUGAGAUGAAUAAAGACGAACCGUUUUCUAUGAAGAAACUCAUUCCAGGGCAUAAAAAGAGAAAAUCAGAUGAAAGGAAAGACCGGACAUCCUCCGAUGGGGCUGCAAAGGAUCAUAAAACAGGUGAUGAAGAUGAUGAAACCCAAGCUAUUAUUCCUCUGUCUGAGUAUGAAAUAAUUGAGCCUGAAAGUCUGAAGGAGUUGCAUGAGCAACAAGUUGAAAUCACAAUAGAACAUGAGAUGCCAGAGAUGACUUCACAAGUGUUAGAACAAGACACAUCUAAUAACUUGUUGCCAAAAGUUGCAGCUACAGUUCCAAUUAACACUGGACCAACAGUCAUAUGUGGAUUACCAGAAGACUUUGAAGAACUUACAGACUUCUUGAGCAAACAUCAGCAACUGAGUGAUAUUCCAGAAGAAGGCAUCAUUGAGGAAAGCAUUGAAACACCAAAAUCAUCUGCUGAGUGGACAACACAGGAUGACACCUUAGCUGAGGACAUUGUGGAGUUGACAGCAGAUGCGGUCACUGCCCUAGAACCAUCAAGUGAACAAUUUAUUGGGGAUGACACUACUGAAAUGGUCUCGGCAGUCUUGCAACUAACCAAUUCACCCCGGUCAUCUGGGCAUUUUACACCAGUGUCAGCUGAAUAUGGCUUACAAACACCAGAUGUGAUCCUACAGGAAGCUAUUCAAUCUAUCUGCAUGACUCCAAGUGUUCAGUCAUUAACUACAAAAGAUGAAAGCCAAGAAUCUCUGGCCGUAUCAUUUUCACCUUAUAUUGUACAGUCCUCCACAACAGAGGAAACAAAGGUUUUGGUUGCACAUACGAAAACUGAGGCAACAGCAAUAUGUACAGGAAUAGAAUCUCAAGAAAUAGAAUCUGUUGAAGAACAUCUCCCUGCACCCUUAGUGGAGGCAAUACCUGAAGCAAGUGAUGCUGUCCCAACUGAAUUAGUCUCUGAUAACUUUAAAAAUGAAAUUGAAGUUGCAGGACUUUGGACAGAUGAGGUCUAUGAGGCUGAAAUUAAGGAACUAAAGACUGAGUAUCAGGAAGUAAUUGUAAGUGAAAAGGAAUCUGCCAUUGAAACUGAGCUAAGUGUAGAGCAAGUUAUUCAGUUAGUGGCAGAGCCUCUUGUGGGAGAAUCAGAGGAAACUUAUAUGGAGGAACAAAGAGAGGAAUGUACAACUGGUAUUGAACUCAGACGGGUAAUUGAGACAAUGCAAAGUGAAGCUGGGCUGGAACAGGUUAUGUCAGAUUACACCCAUGAUCCUGAAACAGAGUGUCCACUGCAUUUAGUGUUAGAGGAACCUGUAUAUGGACAACCAGUAGCUGCUGAACCUGAAAAAGACCUCAUGCUUUCAGAUGUUAAAUUGUUCGUUGCUGAGUAUGAUCAACCUGCAUCCACUGAAGUAGUUGAGACUUUGACACAUGGUGAUAUAGACAUAAGUAAAGAAGUCAAAGAAAUAGAAAUUAAUGCUUCUGCUGUGGAGUGUCUGGAAGUCACAGCGACUAAUAGUAUUAUAAGUCCGAUUCCAGUUCACAUACAGGCAGAGACACUGGGGUUAGAAGGGAGUUUAAAAUUAGAAGCAGCUGAAUCAAUACAUCUUGAAGCCUGUGAAAUACAAUUUGACAUAAAAGAUGCAGUCUUAUUAGCAGGUGAUUCAGCAGUGACUGUGGAGGACAUCAGUGGGAAAAUAGAAGAAAACGAUUAUGAACAAACGGCACAGCAGGACAUUAAGGAAAUACAUGUAGAAGAAGAAACAGGGGAUGAUGUUGCUUCAGAAGCAGUUAAAAAUAUUUCAGAAGCUGGAGCCAGAGAACAGCUGCCAGCCAAGGAGGUGUCACUUCCAGAACCAGUAUUAGUUGAAGAGACUGAAGAGCACCAUAAAGAAGACACUAAAAUACAUUUGGAUGAUAAAGUGGAAGACAGUGCAACUGACAGAACGAAUAGGAUUUUUGUGAAAGAGGAAGAGAAACAUGCAGUGAAGGAAGGGCAACCUCUGACAAACACUGGCAGCAAUGAAACUCCUACUGAUGAAUCUCCUGAAAUAAUUGUUGAUCCAGGAAGUGAAAUUGGAGACAUGGUUUAUAAAAUAAGAGAACACACAGUUGUUUCUGCAUUUUCAAAAGAUGUAUCUGAGCACACAGAAACACCAGAAUUGCCUGACACUAGUUCUGAAGUCAUACUAAUACCGCUAGAAAUAGUAUUGCCAGAAGUUGAAGCAGAACCUGUAGCACCAGAAAUUGCACAACCAGCGACAACAGAGAAUAUUAAAACUGGUAAAGUUUUAGAGAUGGUUGCCAUUAUUGAGAAAACAACAAAACAAUCUGGGAAAGAGAAGCCUAUGGUACCUGAACCAGUAACACAGGUACUUUCAAAAUCUAAGCUACAAAAAGCAACAGAACAAGAGGGUGAAGAAAUAGAUGGUGACCAGUCCCCAGCAAUGACAUCAUCAGAAAUGAAAGAAAUUGCAGUUCCAGAAGAAAAAGAUACAAUGGCUGUUGCUCCCAAACCAGAACCAGAAAGGAUUGAUUCAGAUAUGACUAUGAUUAAAGUACCUAUAAUGGCAGUGCUGGCACUAAAUUAUACUGCUGCAGAAACAGAGGUUAGUAAUAUGAGUGAAAAGAAGAAUGAAGAAGAUGAAAAUGCUAGUCUAAAAUGUGAAUCUCUUGAACAGGUAACAGAAAAGAUACUGUCAAAUGAGUUGCAUGUAGACAAGACAGAAAUUAAAGAUGAAAUACCUGCAGUAAUCGAAAUAACAACCAUUGCACAAGAAUCACCACUGACCUCUGAAGUAACAGCAAAAAUGCCAGAAGUUGCUGUUUCUGAGAUACAGUCACAAGUAGUGAGUGAACUCAGGGCUGAGACAUUUGAAGUGAGAGAACCAAAGGUAGAAAUUCCUGUGGUAUCAGAAGUGAAAGUAGAGACAGUUGUAGUAACUGAGCUGGAAGUGGAGCCACCAGUUGUCACCUCAGUGGCUAAAGAACUUGAAGUAGAAACACCAGUGGUUACAUCUAUGGCAAAAACAACUGAUACUAAUAAUUCUGCUGUUACAUCACAAAAUCAAAACAUAGACUCUGACACAUCAGUGUUAACAACAGUGAUCAAAGAACAAGUGGUGGAGAUUCCCACUGUUAUUUCUGUGGUAGUGACACCAGCUACACCUUUAGAUGAAUUAACACCAGUUGUAACUCUAGGCAAUGGGUCAAAGGAUGUACCGCCUGUAAAAGAGACACCUGUCGAAACACCAAAUGUCGAAUCAGUGAUUGUGAAGACUGCUGUGGCCCCAGUAGUGGAGAUACAGAAUGUGAUUCCAGUGGUAGCAACACCAGAAUUUGGUUCAGUAAUAGUAACAGAAGCUGCAUCUCCAGUGGUAAGUACAGGAACAGUGACUACUACAAUAGCAGAAAAACCAGUUUUGAGCACAGUUGUAGAAACACCUGUUUUUUCUGUCACAGCAGUAAAAUCAACUCCAGCUGCAGUAGAAAAAACAGUAGUGUCCCCUGUAUUACAGAUCCCAGCCACAGAAACAUCUUUUGUGGAGACUACAGCUGUUGUUUCAGUCAAAGAGACUGUACCUCUAGAAGAGGUUACACUAGAUGUGACCUCAUUUGCAGAAACACAUGUAAGCCAAGUAAUUGAAACUCUCAUUGUCUCCGUCACAUCAGUAAAACCAACUGUAGUGGAAGUGGCAAAGACACCAGACACUGAGAUACCAGCUAUGAUUUCAAUGACAGUGGCAGAAGCUGUAUCUCCUGUAGUAGGUACAUCAUCUGGAACUCCAGUAGCAUCAGAAACAAUUAUGAUCCCAGAAAUAAAAACUUCAGUAGUAACUGCAGCUGCAGAGACAUCACUUGUGACACCAGCAGUAGAAACACCAGCUCAGAUUUCAGUAAUUGCAAUACAUGCAGCACCUCCAGUUACACAAGCAGCAACUGCAGCAUCAGAAACAUCAGAAGCUGUAGAAACAGCUUUUGUAGAGUCACCUCCAGUUGCAGUGGUUGAGACACCAGUUGUGACCCAAAUGGUAGAGACACCAGGUAAGGUUUCAGUGAUGGUAACAGAUACUGUCCCUCUGGUAGAUAUUUUAGAUGAGACUGCAGCAGUAGAAACACCUGUUGAGUUCCCAGUAGUAGAAACUCGUAUUGUAAUUUCAGCUCCAGUUGCAGUGGAUAAGACACCAGUUGUGACCCCAAUGGUACAGACACCAGGUCAGGUUUCAGUGAUGGUAACAGAGACUGCACCUCCAGUAGAUGUUUCAGCAGUGACUGCAGCAGUAGAUACACCUGUUGUGAUCCCAGUAGUAGAAACUUCUAUUGUAAAGUCAAAUCCAGUUGCAGUGAUUGAGACACCAGUUGUGACCCCAGUGGUACAGACACCAGGUAAAGUUUCAGUGAUGGUAACAGAGCCUGCACCUCCAGUAGUUAUAUCAGUGGUUACUGCAGCAGUAGAGGCACCUGUUGUAAUCCCAGUAGUAGAAACUCCUAUUGUAAAGUCAACUCUAGUUGCAGUGGUUAAGACACCAGUUGUGACCCCAGUAGUACAGACAUCAGGUCAGGUUUCAGAGAAGGUAACAGACACUACACCUCCAGUAGUUGUUUCAGCAGUAACUGCAACAGUAGAAACACCUGUUAUGAUCCCAUUAGUAGAAGCGCCAGUUGUAAAGUCAACUCCAGUUGCAGUGGUUGAGACACCAGUUGUGACCCCAGCGGUACAGACACCAGGUAAGGUUUCAGUGAUGGUAACAGAGCCUGCACCUCCAGUAGUUGUAUCAGUGGUUACUGCAGCAGUAGAGGCACCUGUUGUAAUCCCAGUAUUAGAAACUCCAGUUGUAAAGUCAACUCCAGUUGAAGUGGUUAAGACACCAGUUGUGACCCCAGUUGUACAGACAUCAGGUCAGGUUUCAGAGAAGGUAACAGACAGUACACCUCCAGUAGUUGUUUCAGCAGUAACUGCAACAGUAGAGACACCUGUUGUGAUCCCAGUAGUCGAAGCGCCAGUUGCAAAGUCAACUGCAGUUGCAGUGGUUGAGACACCAGUAGUGACCCCAGCGGUACAGACAUCAGGUCAGGUUUCAGAGAAGGUAACAGACACUACACCUCCAGUAGUUGUUUCAGCAGUAACUGCAACAGUAGAAACCCCUGUUAUGAUCCCAGUAGUCGAAGCGCCAGUUGUAAAGUCAACUGCAGUUGCAGUGGUUGAGACACCAGUAGUGACCCCAGCGGUACAGACAUCAGGUCAGGUUUCAGAGAGGGUAACAGACACUACACCUCCAGUAGUUGUUUCAGCAGUAACUGCAACAGUAGAAACACCUGUUAUGAUCCCAGUAGUCAAAGCGCCAGUUGUAAAGUCAACUGCAGUUGCAGUGGUUGAGACACCAGUAGUGACCCCAGCGGUACAGACAUCAGGUCAGGUUUCAGAGAAGGUAACAGACACUACACCUCCAGUAGUUGUUUCAGCAGUAACUGCAACAGUAGAAACACCUGUUAUGAUCCCAGUAGUAGAAGCAUCAGUUGUAAAGUCAACUCCAGUUGCAGUGGUUGAGACACCAGUAGUGACCCCAGUGGUACAGACACCAGGUCAGGUUUUAGUGGCAGUAACAGAAGCUACUCCUCCAGUAGUUGUUUCAGCAGUAACUGCAACAGUAGAAACACCUGUUAUGAUCCCAGUAGUAGAAGCACCAGUUGUAAAGUCAACUGCAGUUGCAGUGGUUGAGACACCAGUAGUGACCCCAGUGGUACAGACAUCAGGUCAGGUUUCAGAGAAGGUAACAGACACUACACCUCCAGUAGUUGUUUCAGCAGUAACUGCAACAGUAGAAACACCUGUUAUGAUCCCAGUAGUAGAAGCACCAGUUGUAAAGUCAACUCCUGUUGUAGUGGUUGAGACACCAGUAGUGACCCCAGCGGUAAAGACACCAGGUCAGGUUUUAGUGGCAGUAACAGAAGCUACUCCUCCAGUAGUUGUUUCAGCAGUAACUGCAACAGUAGAAACACCUGUUAUGAUCCCAGUAGUAGAAGCACCAGUUGUAAAAUCAACUGCAGUUGCAGUGGUUGAGACACCAGUAGUGACCCCAGUGGUACAGACAUCAGGUCAGGUUUUAGAGAAGGUAACAGACACUACACCUCCAGUAGUUGUUUCAGCAGUAACUGCAACAGUAGAAACAACUGUUAUGAUCCCAGUAGUAGAAGCACCAGUUGUAAAGUCAACUCCUGUUGUAGUGGUUGAGACACCAGUAGUGACCCCAGUGGUACAGACAUCAGGUCAGGUUUCAGAGAAGGUAACAGACACUACACCUCCAGUAGUUGUUUCAGCAGUGACUGCAGCAGCAGAAACACCUGUUGUGAUCUCAGUAGUGGAAAGGUCAGUUGUGAGCCUAGUACUAGAAACUACCACAGAAGCACCAACUGCAAUUGCAAUGGCAGAGAGACCUGUUAUGAUCCCAGUGGUACAGACACCAGUUCUGGUUUCAGUGAUUGCAAAAGAGGCUGCACCUCCAGUAUUUCUACCAGCAGUGACUGCAGGAGAAGAAGUUAAGCCACCAGUGGUAGAGACACCAGUUUCAGUACCAGAAGCACCUGCUGUGAUCCUAGCAGUACAAACACCAAUGACAGAACAAGUAGCACAGACACGGACAACACCAGCCAUGGUCUUAGUAAAGGCAACAUCAGUUGUAACUGGGAUGGAGGCACCCACUGUGACUACAUUAGAAAAGGCACGACAGGAAACACCACUAGCAGAGACACAUUUAUCCCAUGGGAUGAUGGGACCAGCUGUUGCCACAGUUAUAGUAGCAACAACUCCACCUGUUGCUACACCAGAAGUAAAGAAAACAACGUUGCAGGUAGUUGAACAGGAGAAAAAGGAAGCAAAGUCAGAGGCUUCAGUUGUGUCUAAAGAUGUUGAACCACCAUUUGUGGCUGCGAAAGAGGUAAAGAUAUCAGUUUUAACUCAAGAGUGUAUAUCAAAUGAAAAAAAUGGGAAGGCUUCCUUGCGGCAUACUUCAACAGAACCUCAGUCAGAGGUAGAGGAGGAUGUGUGGGAGGAUGCUGUAGAUAACAUUGGAGAUUCCCCAUGUCAGGUGACAUGCACAGAGGAUGCGCCCCAAGAUACUGCUGCUAAACAAACAUCUGAUGCUGCAAUUUGAUAGUGGCGUGCUACACCAGAUGAAAGAUUUGAUGAGUUGAUGCAAGUUUAACAAGGAUAAUUAAGAACAUUUUACACCUGGAGGAGGCUGUACUCAGCACAAGUUGGGAUUCACAUUUCUGACAACAAAAAAAUGUAAAGUAAAACUGCAUCAUUAAAGUUCCAUUAAGCAAAGGUGAAACCAAAAACAGUAGUUAUUCAGUGGAGAGGCUGUUUUUUUGUAUCAUCAACUAUUUUUUUUUACUUUCAUGCAGAAAAUAUUUUAACAUAUAAACCCCUUCAAAAGCAGCUAUUUUGUCAUAUAUUUACUGAGGAUAUUUGUCAUAAAUGUAUGAAUUGUUUUAUCAUUAUUCAGACAUUAGCAUAAGCUUAUGCCACAUGAUAUCCUGUUGUAAGAAAAUGAUUGUCAUUGUAAAAGGAUGUGCAAUUCCUGGUA